AUGUCUGGAAUCAUUGGAAGCUCAGAGCCAGGCCACCACCCCUCUCCACAGGACUACAGGCUCCUGGCACCCACCAGCCAUGAAGACCUCCCCGGGGACCUGCAGUCACUGUCAUGGCUCACGGCUGUGGACGUGCCUCGGCUACAGCAGAUGACAAGCAAUCGCAUGGACCUGGGCGGCCCUGGGGUGCCACAUCCACACAUAGGUGCCCUGGCCGGGUCAGCUGACCUGCAUGUGGGAGCCAGCCCAAGUCCCCUGCUCCAUGGUCCAGCUGGCAUGGCUCCCCAAGGCUUGCUGGGUCUGGGCCCCAUAGCCAGCCAUGGAGUCAGCCAGAUAAGCCAGCUCCCUGCAGGUGGCCAGCCCUCAUCCAGCCUGCAGGAUGCAGCCCAGCUAUACCCAGCAGCCACCCAGCCACCAUUCCCGCUUCUGCCCCCAUCAGGGGCCCAGCAGUGCCCUCCUGGGGGCCUCUAUGGCUCCCCAUUUGGGGUGCGGCCUCCCUACCCCCAGCCCCACAUGGCUGUGCUGCCAGCUCAGGAACUGCGCCCCAAGCACUACCCCAAACCCAUCUACUCAUACAGCUGUCUCAUCGCCAUGGCCCUAAAGAACAGCAAGACGGGCAGCCUGCCUGUAAGUGAGAUCUACAGCUUCAUGAAGGAGCACUUUCCCUAUUUCAAGACAGCUCCCGACGGCUGGAAGAACUCGGUGCGGCACAACCUGUCCCUGAACAAGUGCUUCGAGAAGGUGGAGAACAAGACGAGCGGCUCGUCGCGCAAGGGCUGCCUGUGGGCCCUGAACCUGGCGCGCAUCGACAAGAUGGAGGAGGAGAUGCACAAGUGUAAGAGGAAGGACCUUGCCGCCAUCCACCGCAGCAUGGCCAACCCGGAGGAGCUGGACAAGCUGAUCUCAGACCGACCGGAAAGCUGCAGGCGUCCCGGCAAACCUGGAGAGCCCCAGGUCCCCUUGCUGCUGUGCCCCACCUCAGUGACAGUGACCACAGCAACCCCUGGAUGUCUGGCCGUCUCCCAGCUCCCUCCUCAGCCACCGAGGACCCUGUCCCUGCAAUCGGCCCCCCUGAACCACCAGCUCCAGCCCCGAGGCCAUCUUGCCCCAGACUCUCCAGCACCAGCCCAGACCCCACCCUUACAUGCCAUGCCAGACCUGAGCCCCAGGCCUCUCCCUCACCCCGUCGUGGGCAGGGCCCCCGUGGACUUCGGCAGCAUUGGAGCUGACAUGAGCACCGAGGUGGAUGCCCUGGACCCCAGCAUCGUGGACUUCGCUCUGCAGGGCAACCUCUGGGAGGAGAUGGAAGAAGAUGGCUUCAGCUUGGAUACCCUGGGGGCCUUCGGAGACUCCCCACUUGGCUGUGACCCAGGGGCCGCGGGCCUGACCCCUGUCUCUGGGGGCAAUGACAAAGCCUUCCCAGACGUGCGGGUGACAGGUCUGUACGCCACCACCUACUCUGGCCCGGAUGGUGUGGCUGUGUCAGGCGCUGCCUCUUCUGCUCAGUACCUAGGAGCUCCAGGGAAUAAGCCCAUUGCCCUGCUGUAA